AUGAGUAAUAGUAAUGACAAUAAUAAGACAGCGGCAGUGGCUGAAACGGGAAGUGGAAGUCUGUUGCUAGCGAAUGGUGUGCAACUAUCUGACAAUGCUCAAACACUUCAUUCUACGAUGAUGAAGCAGGGAGUUGGGAAACUUUUCAACCAACAGGAACUACAAACAGCUACGAAUAUUUCAUCAUUAGCUGAUUUGAUGUUAAUUGUCCAAGAGUUAUUGGAUCAAAAUUUAAUUAAAUUGAUUAAACAAAAUAAUGAAUUAAAGUUCCAAGGUGUUGAUAUCAGUGAAGCGCAAAAGAAAUCGUCGAUGAGUGCGGAGGAGGCGCUUGUAUAUUCAUACAUUGAAGCGAGUGGUCGUGAAGGUAUAUGGUCCAAGACUAUCAAGGCGCGUACGAAUUUACAUCAACAUGUCGUUUUAAAAUGCUUGAAAAGUUUAGAAUCGCAAAGAUAUGUUAAGAGUGUGAAGAGUGUUAAAUUCCCCACUAGGAAGAUAUACAUGUUAUAUAAUUUACAACCAUCCAUUGAAGUUACAGGUGGACCGUGGUUUACGGAGGGGGAAUUGGAUGUUGAAUUUAUUAAUAGUUUAAUUACUAUUGUUUGGAGAGUUGUCUGUGGUACGACGUUCCCCAAUGGAUUCAAAGGGUUCAAUAGUAAUCACCGUGCAGGGUCCAAAGUAUUACAUUAUUCGCCCGAGGUGAAGAACUAUUGCACCACGGAGGAGAUCCUGGAGUUCAUUACGAACGCGGAGGUGAGUACGGUGGAGUUGAGCGAGUCGGACAUCCGAUCUCUUUGCGAAGUGCUAGUGUAUGAUGACAAGUUGGAGAAGGUUGCCCAUGGCUGUUACAAGGCGACGUUACAGAGUGUGUUGAUGUUGAAUGCAGCUACCGGUGGGGCGACAGACGACGAGGCCCACGGUGGAGACGACAUGAACGAGUUCUCCAUCUUUACAUACUUCAACGGUAUAUCGCAAUCGCAAGGUGACAAGGAAGCGGUGUACUUUGACGAGUGGACCCUCUAG